CGCGGCGGAACCUUUGUGCCCGGCUCGUAUCGCCACCCGGACGCGGCGGCGCGCGGGCCGGGCGGCGGGACAUGGAGGCGGCGGGCGGCGGGGCGGCGCGGGGGCUGCAGCCCGCGGGGCCCCCCGAGGACCGGCUCUUCCUGGUGAAAGGUGGCCUCUUCCUGGGCUCGGUGGCCGCGGCGGGGAUGCUGGCCGGAUUCGCCACCACGCUGUCGGUGGCCAAGAAGAGGAGCCCCGAGUGGUUCAGUAAGGGCAGCAUGGCCUCAGCCGCCUUACCGGAGAGCGGGUCUGCCCUCGCCCUGCGAGCACUGGGCUGGGGCUCGCUGUGCGCCUGGUGCGGGGUCGGCCUCAUCAGCUUCGCUGUCUGGAAAGCGCUGGGAGUUCAUAGUUUGCAAGACUUUCGAAGUAAAAUGCAAUCGAUAUUUCCAGCAAUUCCGAAGAACUCUGAAUCACCUGUUGAGUGGGAAGAAGCAUGGAAAUCCAAAUGAGAUGAGGCUGGUGGAUGUAUUCCAAAAAGGCUACUACGAAAAGUGUGGCUUUGGAGACACCAUAGCCACAGGACUCGGGCUUAUUUCUCCAUUGGUAACUUUGCAGACUUGACUGUUCCAAUGGGACACUAGAAUCCCGUGUCUUGUGUUAUGUGUAUGUAUUUCUGGAAUGGGUAAAGUUGUUCCAAAGUUAAGAAAGCUGUUUUCAAAUAACUCCUUUUCUAUGUGGAGGACAUUCUGGGGAAAAUACUUCUGUUUAUGACUAUCACAGAUGAAACCAGGUUUUGUAUCUGUAUCUGAAAAUAAUGCAUAAUGCAUGAUGGAAAAUCUUUAUAAACAGAUUCCAGACAGUUUUAGUUCUUCAGUGUGUCUAAUUAUAUGAAUUUCUUUACCUUUUGGGGGGUAAUUUAUGAUUUUUUUGAAUUAAAGUUUAGGGAACAAUAGUGUUGGCAUUUAUCACCGGUGUUGAUGCUCAAAGUUACUGUUCAUCACGUGCAGCGGAGUGCCCAGGACCUUCCACCACUGUCUUGUGUCUAGUCAGUCUCGUCACUGCCCCUAUCCUAACUCCCCCUGCCCUCCCUCCACUACUUGACAAUCUGAGUUUUGUAAUCCAAACCCAUAGGGUUGUCAUUUUGAUACUAUUUCUUUGUUUUGUUUCUCUGUAUACUACAGAUGAGAGAGAGGCAGAAUUUGCUGGUUUUCCUCAGGCUUAUUCCACCAAGCAUGAUACCCUCCAAUUCUAAGUUUCUGUGAACUGUCAGAUCGUAUCUCUUCUUAUAGCUGAAGUAGUAUUCACGCUUCAACGGCCUUUCUUCUCAGUCUGUAUUUGUCAGAACCCAGAUGCCUUGGUCUGAUUGGUGUGCUCCAAAGCACCAGGUUCUUGGCUCAGUUCUCUAGGUCAGGCAGUGGGCGUGGCUCCGGGUUCCUGGGAAAGCUGUAAGUCAAGCAGUAGAGAGAGGUGUUCUUCCAAGUGCAUCUUUUGAUCCCUCCUACUCACUAGUUACUUGAUGACCUCACCUUUAAAUCCUGAAGACGCUUAGACAGGAGACCAGUUGCAUAUCACUAUUGUUUGAAAAUGCACAGCCAUACUAAAAUAAUAUUGAUUAAAAAUACACUUUUCUGGUAUGUUGGUCCUGGUCCUUACUGAUUAACAAUGUUAUCAUCUUUCUCUCCCUCUGUCUCUCUCCUUCUCUUUCUCUCCCUCUCUCCCAUUCUCCUCUCUCUUUUUCUCUCCCACUCUUUUCCACUUUCUCUCUCCUUUCUCUCACUCCCUCUCCCCCUCUCCCCCCUCUCUCUCCUCUUUCUCUUCUCUCCUCUUUCUCCUCUCUCUCUUUCUCCUUUAUCCUUGUCUCUCUCCCUGUAUCCCUCCCUCUCUCUCCUCUCUCUCUUCUCUUUCUCCUUUAUCCUUGUCUCUCUCCCUGUAUCCCUCUCUCCCUCCCUCCCUCCCCCCCCCCCUCUCUCUCUCUCCCUCUCUCUCUCUCCCUCUCUCUCACUCUCUCUCUCUCCCCCUUUCUUCCCCCCAUCCUCUCAUGUUGGGGAGGAAUUGGGCCACAACCAACAGUACAGUGCCAGGCAUGGAACUAGGGUUGGCUGCCAGCAAGGUAAGCACAUUCAUCCUUGUAUUGUCUCUCCAGCCCCAACCUGUCUUAAAUAUUUUUUACCACGAAGUUACCAGAAUAUUGAGUCUCAGCAUUAAGGACUCAGUCCCACCUUCCUAAUGAUACUCCUGAUGAUGAAUUCUUACCCUCAUACUUAUCCUUCCCUACACCCAUGAUCUCUUCCAGAAAACAGAAUAAUUUUUACAUCCAAUUAUACUUACCGGAGGUUAAAUUUUCUUAAAGAUUAGAAAUACUUUAAUAUGGUAAUAUGUCCAGAAAAAUAACCCCUGGUCAUUUUAAUAUCAAUUGUGCAAUUUCUUUAUAAUUGCUUAGGCUCUAAUUAGCAAUCAAGUUUAAUAAAGUACAUUUGAAAUUUAUCUGUAAUAAUGAAACCUUUUAGUUCUAAGGAAAUUUUUUAAAUGAAAUGUCAAGUGCAUAAUGUAACAUUUUUCUCUGGACUGUGUUACCCUUUUUAAAUUGCUGCAUUGUUAAUUAAACAGGUGUAAUCAGCG